AUGACCAAUGAAAUUAGAAAGAUUCAAAAUAAUAAUAUUAAGGUAAAUGAUAACAAUGAAAACGUUAAAAACAACUCAAGUUAUAAUCACAAUGUAACCGACAAUGAUAACCACGUUUCUAUCGAUCAUAACAGCCAUAACAACACAAGCAACAACAACACAAUAAACAACACAAACAACAAUAACGACAAUAUAAGUGAUAAUAACACGAACAAUAAUGAUAGACGUAUUAUCAAUGAUCAUGAUAAUGAUAACACAAAUAACAACGAAAACAAUGGUAACCAUGUUACUAUUGCACAAGUCAUUGUCGAUAACCUAAUCAACAACGACAACCAUGUUAUUUCCAAUAAUCUUGUCAGUAAUGUAAACAACUCAAACAACGACGUUGUUGCUGAUCAUGUCGGUGACAAUGAUGCAAACUCUAUUACCAAUUCCAACAACAAUAACAGCGACAAUAACGAUGACCAUGUGGAUCAUGACAAUGAUAACAACACAAUCAAUGACAACCUCGUUAUCGCAAACUCCAUUCAUAACAAUAACAACAACUCAAACAACAAUACUGACAGUGCAAAAUUAACUUUAUUUUAUCGUAACUUAAUGAGCUCUUCGUAUAAAGAAGACGAAUAUAUAAUUAGAAAAAUCAUUAAAAAAGAAGUCCAUCCAGUUGAUUCUUAUGGAAAAAUAAACCUUCUUAUUUAUUAUAAAAAUUUUAAGUCGCAACAACUACUAAUAAAAAAUAGUCCCAACGUUAAACUAACAACAACACAGCACUCCAACGUCAUCUACCAAUCUCAGUCUGUUUAUAAAUUUAUUGGUAGGAAGAAUUCCAAUCGCCAGUUGUUGAAUAUUUUUUGUCCUAUGUCUUUGUUGUAUGAGUAUUGA